AUGAAGAUUACCUCUCUGCUGAUAUUUAAUGCGAGAUUCAGGUGCACCGCCAGGCUUCUACUGCUGCUAUUACACUGUGUGGGAUAUUCUCAUGGGAUGCCACACGUCUUGAGAUUCGGGGGGAUAUUUGAGUCCAUUGAAAGCGGCCCAUCAGGUGCUGAGGAACUAGCCUUUAAAUUUGCUUUAAACACAAUCAACAGGAACAGAACCCUACUGCCAAACACCACGCUCACCUACGACAUCCAAAGGAUAAACAUCUAUGACAGCUUUGAAGCCUCCAGAAAAGCCUGUGACCAGCUUUCACUGGGGGUGGCGGCCAUCUUUGGGCCCUCUCACAGUUCCUCGGCCAAUGCAGUCCAGUCCAUUUGCAACGCCUUGGGGGUGCCCCACAUCCAGACCAAGUGGAAGCACCAGGUAUCGGACAACAGAGACGUGUUCUACGUCAGCCUCUACCCAGACUUCUCCUCCCUCAGCCGGGCCAUCCUGGAUCUGGUCCACUUCUUUAAGUGGAAGACGGUCACUGUGGUUUAUGAUGACAGCACUGGUCUGAUUCGGUUGCAAGAGCUCAUAAAGGCGCCGUCGCGGUACAACAUCCGGUUAAAGAUCCGCCAGCUGCCUGCAGAUACCAAGGAUGCCAAGCCACUGUUAAAAGAGAUGAAGAGAGGGAAGGAGUUCCACAUCAUCUUUGACUGUGGCCACGAAAUGGCUGCUGGGAUCCUCAAGCAGGCUCUCGCCAUGGGGAUGAUGACAGAGUAUUAUCACUAUAUCUUCACCACACUGGAUCUGUUCGCCCUGGACGUGGAGCCUUACCGAUACAGUGGUGUGAACAUGACAGGCUUUAGGAUCCUCAACACCGAAAACAGCCAAGUGGCCUCCAUCAUCGAGAAAUGGUCCAUGGAGCGACUGCAGGCUCCACCCAAACCUGACUCUGGUCUACUGGACGGCUUCAUGACCACGGACGCCGCGCUGAUGUACGAUGCCGUGCACGUGGUGGCCGUGGCUGUGCAGCAGUCUCAGCAGAUCACUGUCAGCUCAUUACAGUGCAACAGACACAAGCCCUGGCGCUUUGGGAACCGCUUCAUGGCCCUCAUCAAAGAGGCCCACUGGGACGGCCUGACUGGGAGAAUCACUUUCAACCGGACCAAUGGCUUGAGGACAGACUUCGACCUCGAUGUCAUCAGUCUGAAGGAGGAGGGGCUUGAGAAGAUUGGUACCUGGGACCCUCCAAGUGGCCUGAACAUGACAGACAACCAGAAGGGGAAGACGACCAACGUCUCUGAUUCCUUAUCCAACCGAUCCCUGAUCGUCUCCACCAUACUGGAGGAGCCAUACGUGAUGUUCAAGAAGUCUGACAAGCCGCUGUACGGGAACGACCGCUUUGAGGGCUUCUGCAUUGACCUGCUGAGAGAGCUCGCCAACAUCCUGGGCUUCACCUACGAGAUCCGCCUGGUGGAAGAUGGGAAAUACGGCGCCCAGGAUGAGAACACGGGCCAGUGGAAUGGCAUGGUCAAGGAGCUAAUGGACCACAGAGCUGAUCUGGCAGUGGCUCCCCUUGCCAUCACAUACGUGCGCGAGAAGGUUAUCGACUUCUCCAAGCCCUUCAUGACGCUGGGUAUAAGUAUACUGUACCGCAAGCCCAACGGGACCAACCCUGGGGUCUUCUCCUUCCUCAACCCUCUGUCGCCUGAUAUCUGGAUGUAUAUUCUGCUGGCUUACUUGGGUGUCAGUUGUGUGCUGUUUGUCAUAGCCAGGUUUAGUCCCUACGAGUGGUAUAACCCCCACCCUUGCAACCCUGACUCGGAUGUAGUGGAAAACAAUUUCACCCUGCUAAAUAGUUUCUGGUUCGGAGUUGGAGCUCUCAUGCAGCAAGGAUCUGAGCUCAUGCCAAAAGCCCUCUCCACCAGAAUUGUAGGAGGAAUCUGGUGGUUUUUCACACUCAUCAUCAUCUCCUCCUACACGGCUAACCUGGCGGCCUUCCUCACCGUGGAGAGGAUGGAGUCGCCCAUCGACUCCGCCGACGACCUGGCCAAGCAGACCAAGAUAGAGUACGGGGUGGUAGAGGAUGGAUCCACCAUGAACUUCUUCAAGAAAACAAAGAUCUCCACGUAUGAUAAGAUGUGGGAGUUCAUGAGCAGUCGGAGACACUCUGUGAUGGUGAAGAACGUUGAUGAGGGCAUUCAUCGUGUGCUCACCUCGGACUACGCUUUCCUAAUGGAGUCCACCACCAUCGAGUUCGUCACACAACGCAACUGCAACCUCACCCAGAUCGGAGGCCUCAUUGACUCCAAAGCCUAUGGUGUUGGCACCCCAAUGGGCUCUCCAUACAGAGAUAAGAUCACUAUUGCCAUCCUGCAGCUUCAGGAGGAAGGGAAGCUGCACAUGAUGAAGGAGAAGUGGUGGAGAGGAAACGGCUGUCCGGAGGAGGAGAGUAAGGAAGCCAGCGCUCUGGGUGUGCAGAACAUCGGAGGGAUCUUCAUCGUCCUGGCGGCCGGACUCGUCCUCUCCGUUUUCGUGGCGGUCGGAGAAUUCCUCUACAAGUCCAAACAGAACGCACAGCUUGAAAAGGCCCAAUGGCGACAACGAGAUAAGAAACAGGUCCUUCUGCAGUGCCAUGGUGGACGAGCUGCGGGUAUCCCUCAAGUGCCAGCGCCGGCUCAAACACAAGCCCCAGCCGCCCGUCAUGGUGAAAACGGAGGAGGUCAUCAACAUGCACACCUUCAACGACCGCAGACUGCCAGGGAAAGAGACCAUGGCAUGAUAUGGGAAUCACUUUCUCACCCUCUCUCCUUCAGUGAGGUGGUGUGUAGAGACACUGGGGGGACAGGUGGGGGGAAAUGGUAA